AUGAGGUUCAUUACAGCUGCUUUUGCAGCAUCAAUGGUCGGUUGCGCGCUUGCGCAGCCAAGUGCUCCGAAACCAGAUGCACAGGGUCGAUACACACUCGAGGCGCCGGGUAUCAAAGCUCAGUUUAUUCCUUACGGCGCGACGCUCACCAACCUUUGGGUUAAGGACAAGAAUGGUGUACAGCGCGACAUCGUGCUCGGCUACGACAACACCUCAUACUAUCCUGUUGAUCCUGGUCAUCCUGUGUAUAACGCGAUUCCUGGGCGAUACGUGAAUCGCAUUGGCAAAGCGCAAUACACGAUUGACAACGUAACCUACCACACGCAAGGGAACGAUGGCCCUAACAAUGUCAACACCCUGCACAGCGGAACGAACAAUUGGUCGUUUAGGUUCUGGAAUGUCACAAAGGUGUCCAAAUCGUCCAUCACCUUUUCCCUACACGAUGCUUCAAACUCGUCCUUGGGCAUGAUCGGCGACGUGGCGACAAGCGUCACUUACUCCGUCUCUAAGAACAAAUGGAGCAUCUCUAUGGACGCCGUGUCCAAGGACCAGAAGACGCCCAUCAUGUUGACUCAGCACACGUAUUUCCAGCUCGAUGCCUUUGCUCGGCCUGACAACCGCACCGUCUGGAACCACACCCUGUACAUGCCUGAAGCUAGGCGGGUAAUGGAGAUUGAUGCGAAUUCCCUCCCAACAGGUGUAAUCGCCAACUCAACUGCCGGAGACAUUUCUGACUUCUGGUCGGCACCUCAUCAGCUCGGAUUUGCGUCAGGUAAUGCAAACUUCGAGAACAACUGCGGGAGUGGCUGCCAUGGAUACAACGGCAACUGGGCCUUCAACGACAAACGUAACAAGAGCGCGACUGCACUCACACUGAGCAGCGCAUGGAGCGGUAUCAAGGCGGAGCUGGCGACUGACCAGGACGCUGUUGUCUUAUAUACUUGCAACUGGAACGAUGGGAAGACGGAGUUCAAGUCGACGCAGGGCGUUGCGGGCCAGGACAAGUUCAUCCCAAGGGACGGUUGCAUCGCCAUUGAGGCUCAGGACUAUGUCGACGGUAUCAACCAUCCAGAGUGGGGUCGGCUGAACAAGCAAAUCACAGGCAAAGGGCAAAAGUACCAUUGGAAGUCGUCGUGGACAUUUGGAACCGUCUAG